AUGUCAAUUCCAUUCAAGGGAAGCCAGACUGAGAAGAAUAUCGCAGCUGCAUACGCAGGAGAAUACAUUACUUAUGUUCGUUACUCAUCAUAUGCUAAAAAAGCCAGAAAAGAAGGUUUCGAGCAAAUUGCAGAUUAUUUCCAAGAGACAGCAGAUAAUGAAAGAGAGCAUGGUAAAAUUUUCUUAAAGAUGCUUAAGGAAUCAGAUCCAAUUGUCAAUGUUCAGUUUCCAAUCGAAACAAGACAAAAUAAAUCAACAUUGGAGAACCUCAAAGAUGCUGCUGUUGCAGAAGAUAAUGGAGGACUUAAAAUAUAUCCAUACAUGGCAGCUGUUGCUGAAAAGGAAGGUUUUCUUGAUAUUGCAAACACAUUUAAGCUUAUUGCUGAAGUUGAACAUCAGCAUGGUGUUAGAUUAGCAAUACUUGCCAAACAAGUUGAAAAUGGAACAUUCUGGAAACGCGAAAAGGAAGUUGAAUGGAAGUGCAGAAAUUGUGGAUAUAUCUUCAAAGGAAAAGAAGCUCCUAAAGAAUGCCCUGUUUGCCAUCAUCCACAAAGCUUCCAACAAAUCAGAGAGGUUUUAGAAUAA